AUUAAUUGCGCUGCGCAGAUUAAUGGACAUUCCCGUGCCGGCUGUGUACGGGUUCCAUCCAGGGAACGAUAAUCCUGUGGGGACACCAUGGACACUGUUGCAACUUAUACCGGGACAGCCGCUCUCUGGUAUCUGGCCCUCUUUAUCGCCCCAAGCGAAGUUGCGUGUUGUCGAACAAGUCGCCACCUGGAUACUCAAGGUGUUCGCCGUUGAAUUUGCCCAAAUAGGCAGUCUGCACUUCACCAGCCCUCAGGAGGGAAAGCGUAACCUGUGCGAAAGCUAUCCCGACCUGUACGUCGGCAGCAUGAUAACACUGAGAGGCUUGCACCAGGGGUACAUCAGAGGUCCACCGCGGGCCAGGGAUCCCGCGUCUACCGCGGCAGAGUGGUACAAGCAAGUCCUCAACGGUUCCAUGGAGUACGAGCGCGACCCACCACAGCCGAAGCCUGGGCCUCAUGUUCCGCCCUAAUACAUUAGCAAGUUAAUGGCUAUCAUCGACGGCCCGGAAGAAAAUAGCGGUCUGUUCAAGGAGAGCAAGAACGUGUUGUGGGACGAGGACAUGUGGAGCAUGCACAACAUUUUGGGGGUCUAUACCGAGGGCAAUAUUCAUCUAAGCGGGUUGGUGGACGUUGAAUGCGGACAGGUCGUGCCGCAGAUCGUCGCGGCAGGCCCACGCUUCGACGGCUGGGAUGACGAGGGGAAGCAGCUGCUGUUCGAGCAGCUCUACAAGGACAACAAGUGGAGAAGAUUACACGAAGAGGGCAAACGCGGGCGAGCACUGCUGGACCUGCUGCU